CCCCACGGCUGGGGGGGGGGCAGUGGCUCUCGGUGGCCCAGCACCCUCGGGCGGCCCGGCCCUGUGCACCCCGGGGUCCCCGGCUGCCCCUCCCCUCCCAGCCCCGGGGCCGGGGGCCCAGGCGUCCGGGCGGCACCCGAGCGGAGGCCCCGGGCGUCGGGGGCCCAGGCGUCCGGGCCUAGCAAAGGGUUAAGGACCCAUAGAGCCCCGCGCGCGGGGGGCAGGGCGGCAGGGCCUGGCGGCGGCAGCCGGGGCGGGCCUGGGGGACGGCGGCGCCAUGGGGGAGAAGCCCAACGCGUGCCCCUACUGCGGCAAAGGCUUCCGCCGGAGCUCCCACCUGACGCGGCACCUGGGCACCCACGGCGGCGGGGCGGCGGCGGAGCCGGCCGGGGCGCCGGCGCCGCGGCCCUACGCCUGCGAGCGCUGCGGCAAGGCCUUCGGGCGCAGCGCCCACCUGGCCCGCCACCGCGAGACCCACUCGGGCGAGCGGCCCUACCGCUGCGGCUGCUGCGGCAAGGCCUUCCGCCGCAGCGCCCACCUCACCCGCCACCGCGGCACCCACACCGGCGAGCGCCCCUUCGCCUGCGGCCUCUGCGGCAAGGCCUUCACCCGCGCCGCCCACCUCGCCCGCCACCGCCUCACCCACACCGGCGAGCGGCCCUUCCCCUGCGGCGACUGCGGCAAGAGCUUCGCCCGCGCCGCCCACCUCGCCCGCCACCGCGCCACCCACACGGGCGAGCGGCCCCACAAGUGCGCGGGUUGCGGCAAGGCCUUCGCCGCCGCCGCCCACCUCCUGCGGCACCAGCGCACCCACCGCGCGUAGCCGCCCGCGCCGCCCUUUCCCCCCCCGUUUUCUUUCUCGCCGGCGGGCGAAAACCGGGCGCCUUUGCCGCCGCCUCCGUUCGGGCCACCACGCACCGUUUUAUCCCCCCCGACUGCCGCAGGGGGGGAUCGGACUCACCUCUUCGCUCCGGCGUCGGAAAACCCUUUCCGUUCCCUUCUGCGGCUCCUGGAGCGGGGCAAAAAGUGAAGCUUCCCGCUUGACGCCAUCCCGGGGGCUCAUCCGAGGAGGAAGCUCCCGAUUUAACGGCGACCCGCGGCGCUCUGAAGGGCUCCCCGCCCGCUCGCCGGCCCUGUGGAGGAAGGCGGCCUCGGUGGGACGUCGCUUUCGGCCUCGAGGAAGCCAAGGCCAGUGUCGCCUUGUGCCCACCAGGAACCAGGAGGCGAGGGACUUCACGGCAGAGCCGCCUCGACAGUUUCGGGGGCCGAACCGGCGGCGCCACGUGAGCCCGACCCUGCUGCGUCCCCUCCACCGCGUCCACCCGGAGCGACGUUACCCGCGCGGCGGUCGACGCUCCUCGCUGUCCAGCACCGCUGGGCUCGAGACGGUGCUUUCCCGAGCGGCCUUCCCAGGGCGUUUCUCGCUCUUUUCCCCAGACGGCCCCUUCCCGCGUUGGGUUUUGUGGUUUUUCUCCGUGUGAAUUUUCCAUAUGAAUUUCCAGUGUCCUGA